UCCUAGAAAAUAUCACCCGUUCUUAAAAGUUCUCUAGUUAUGUGGGCAUCGUGAUAGUGUUAUGUCAUUAAUUAAAAAUACAGGCGAUAUAUUAACGACAAUCCAUCGAAACGCUUCAUUCUAAAUUAAAAACCGAAAAAAUGGACGGUACAGAUGAAGAUCUUAUUCGUCCCAUAUACAAAAACGGAAGGUAUGAAAAUCCGUUUGACACAUGGGCAAAUACACCUGGGUUUGGAAAUCUCUUCAAACUGAUGAGGAGUGAAGAUUUCAGCAAAAUACCCAAUCAGCGGGAGUUGGAUAAAACCUUACCAGUGGAAACCCCUGAUUUUGAAAAAUUACGCAACCCUCCACAAUCUGAGCUUCAGAUAAUGUGGAUAGGCCAUGCCAGCGUGUUGAUACAGAUGGACGGAGUUACUAUUCUCACCGAUCCAAUAUUUCGGGAUAGGUGCUCCCCUGUACAGUUUAUGGGACCAAAAAGAUACCGUCCUCCACCCUGUAAAAUAGAAGAUCUACCACAUAUAGACGCUGUUAUCAUCAGUCAUAACCACUACGAUCACUUGGACUAUGGUAGUGUGCAAAGCCUCAAUUCCAAGUUCAGUGAUAAGAUCACUUGGUUUGUAGCGGCGGGAACGAAGGAAUGGAUGUUGAAUGCAGGUUGUAAGAAUGUGAUUGAGUUGUCCUGGUGGGAAGAAGCGGAGUUACCUGGAAGAUCAGAUUUUAAGUUUGCUAGCGUCCCUUGUCAACAUCGAUGUGAACGUACACUAUGGGAUGCUAUGAAGGCUCUCUGGUGUAGUUGGAUAGUCAAGGGACCCACGAAGAGUUUCUACUUUGCCGGGGAUACAGGCUACUGUUGUGGUUUCAAACAGAUCGGAAGAAAGUACGGACCUAUAGACUUCGCUGCAAUCCCAAUAGGAACCUACUAUCCAAGGUGGUUUAUGAGACCCAUGCAUGUAGAUCCGGAAGAGGCAGUGAAAAUAUUUGAAGACGUUGGAGCUAAGAAUGCCUUGGGUAUACAUUGGGGAACGUUCAGGAUGACAAGAGAGUUUUAUUUGGAACCUCGGACGAAGCUUGGUGAAGAGCUGGAUAAGAAGAGCAUAAGUAGAGACAAAUUCUUCACACUCCGUCAUGGUCUGGUGCACACAGUCGGAAAAGAUAUACCGGAACAUUCCUAACUAUGUCUCCAAGCGUUUAGUUAACCCAUGACCUACAAUAGAACACCUUCAUCUUUUCACAUACUAUAUGUAAAGAUAAUGAUGAUAAUGACACUUCAUUUGUUAUAAUUAUUUAUCAGUUUUAAAAUUAUUUUUAUGAAAGACCUUUAUAUAUUAUGAUGAGUUAUAUUACAGAAAUUGUCCCUCUUUGGCAUUUUUAAGAAAAUAGUCAAUGGUGUUUUUAUGUUGUCUUUCGAGCAUAUAUGUUUAAACUUCUGGAUUUUUUAUUUAGUAUUUGUAUAUUAUAUUUGGGUUUAAUACCUUUUUUACAUUAUGAUAAAAAUGUGAUCCUCUUUACGAAGAACCAUCUGGGAAGCUUUAUGCAUGUUCCAUUCAAAUUAUUUUGACAAUCAAAAAAUUGUCUCAAUGUUUUAUUGUAUCCAUUAAUAAUUUAAUUCU